CGUAAAUGUUGCUGCAAAGGCGUUGUAUUUCCUUAUUUUUUUGCCAAAUAGUUUUCCUUCCAAAACUGACACGACCAGAUAAAACCCUGUCAUUUAGUGCCAUUUUAGAUCAGAUGGUGACUGCUUACAAAGGAAUUAAAAUAUCGAGGUGACCAGUUUCCAGACAUUGGUUCGCUUGUGUACGAGAUUGGCCGAGACUAAAAAAACUGUAGUGUGCCACCUUAAGGUUUUAGUCAUUGGCGUGUAAGGCAAGAUAGUCCCUGGAGAAGAACUAAAGUACGUCAACAGCCUUGUCAGCGGAAAGACACUCCGUUGCAGUAACUGAAGAUUUGCGAGGUGACCAGUUUCCAGACAUUGGUUCGCUCCUGCUUGUGUACGAGAUUGGCCGAGACUAAAAAAACUGUAGUGUGCCACCUGAUGAUAUCUAUAAUGACAAGCACACAAAAAAGUUCUCCUCAGAUGGCCUCCAAAACUUACAAGAGAAGGAAACUAGGGACAGAAUGCAAUGACGUGGAUAGUGGCACAGACAGCAAGACUCCCAUUAUAGGGGAUAUUGAUUCAACCAUGCAACCUGACGUAAACUUUUAUAGUGUAAUUCAAGAAACCUUAAGCUCAGGCAGAACACCUGAUGACUUAAACUCUGUUUGUGUCAAACUUGAGACAGAUGAAAGUUAUAAUACAUGUAUGGCUAAUGGGUUUUUUUCUGCAUGUGUCCAAGUGAAACAGGAAGAGAUAUAUCAAGAUCACAAGCAAGAUGUCUUCAAUUUUUCAUAUGAAGAAUCAGAAGCGAAAGGAUGUGUAGCCAAGGAUCCAGAUCUUACCAAACAAGAUGGCUUCAACUUGGCAGGUGUAAAAUUAGAACAAACUGAAUGUAGCCAGAGUAGCAACUUGAAGACACACAUGAGGUUAUAUACAGAAGAAAAACGGUUCAAGUGUGAGGUGUGUGGUUGUGAGUUUAACCGGAGUGAUACCUUGAAGGAACACAUGAGGAUACAUUCAGGAAAACAACAGUUCAAGUGUGAACUGUGUGAUUAUAGAUGUAGUCAGAGUAGCAACUUGAAAAGACACAUAAGGAGACAUACAAGGGAAAGACCAUACAAGUGUGAGGUGUGUGGUUUUGAAUGUAUCCAGAGUUAUAACUUAAAAAAACACAUGAGGAUACAUACAGGAGAAAAACAGUUCAAGUGUGAACUGUGUGAUUAUAAAUGUAGUCAGAGUAGCAACUUGAAAAGACACAUAAGGAGACAUACAGGGGAAAGACCAUACAAGUGUGAGGUGUGUGGUUGUGACUUUAACCAGAGUAGUGCCUUGAAUGUUCACAUGCGGAUACAUACAGGAGAAAAAUGGUUCAAGUGUGAGGUGUGUGAUUAUAAAUGUAACCGUAGUAGCAACUUGAACGCACACAUGAGGAAACAUACAGGGGAAAGACCAUACAAGUGUGAGGUGUGUGGUUAUGCAAGUAGCUAUAGUUCUGACUUGAAGAAACACAUGAGGAUACACACAGGAGAAAAAACGGUUCAAGUGUGAGGUGUUUGGUUAUGACUUUAACCAGAGUUGUACCUGGAAGGUACACAUGACGAUUCAUACAGGAGAAAAAACGUACAAGAGUGAGGUGUGUGGUUAUGACUUUAACCAGAGUGGUACCUUGAAGGUACACAUGAUGAUACAUACAGGAGAAAAACUGUACACAUGUGAGAUGUGUGGUUAUGACUUCAACCAGAGUGGUACCUUGAAGGUACACAUGAUGAUACAUACAGGAGAAAAACUGUACAAGUGUGAGGUGUGUGGUUAUGACUUUAACCAGAGUAGUACCUUUAAGGUACACACGAGGAUACAUACAGGAGAAAGCACGUACAAGUGUGAGGUGUGUGGUUAUGCCUUUAACCAGAGAAGUGCCUUGAAGGUUCACAUGAGGAUAUAUACAGGAGAAAAAACGUUCAAGUGUGAGAUGUUCGAUUGUGUCUUUAACCAGAGUGGUACCUUGAAGGUACACAUGAGGAUACAUACAGGAGAAAGACUAUAUAAAUGUGAAGUGUGUGAUUAUAAAUCUAAUCAGAGUUUUUCCUUGAAAAGACACAUUGAGAUACAUAAAGGAGAAAGACUGAAAGCUUUAGGUACGUGGUUUUGCAAGAAACUAGAUUGGUUAAACUGAAAGAGACAAAUGCAUAUACAUACAAGAGAAAUACUGCACAAGUGUGAGGUCUGUGGUUAUGCAAGUAGCUGAAGUGGUCAAUUCAGGAGAAAUAUUAGGAUACAUACAGGAAAAGACUGUAUAAGUGUUAGCUGUAUGGUCAUGCAUGUAUAAAAGAGGUUUGUAACUUGAAGACUUACAUGAGGAUUCACACCGGAGAAAGACUGUGGAAGUGUGACUGAGGUGUGUGAUUAUACUUGUUAAGAGACUCAGAGUGGUCACUUGAAGAGGCAUACAUUAGAAAGACUGAACAAGUGUGAGGUUUACAGGACUGAACCUACACUAAGAACCAAACAAGUUAAUGUUUAGCUUAAGACUGAUACAUGUAAAGUCUUCGAUGCUUUUUUAUUCACAAUUAGGCCAGAAAAAAAGAUUCUGUGUUUCGGGUAAUCCGACCCUACCUAGCAGAACCCCGCCGACCCUAAAGUUUUUAAAGCCGAAUUUUUCGUGAAAUUUUAAGUCGUUAGCGCUUUAUUUUCAGGGGAGGUAAUCCUGUAUAAACUCAUAUGGCGUUCGGUAACAUUGUCGAAAAUGUCGGCAAUUUUACGUGUUUUUCAACCCAAACUGCAAACAUUCACAAAGAGAUAUGUGAAUGUUUCGUGUUUUUGAUGUAACGACUUCUUUCAAUAAGUAACAAAGGCACCUCCGAUGCCACGAGCAGACAUUCUCGAAAGUGUUUGACCUGACCGACGUUUUAGUCAGGGCCAAUUGAAAAUGCUAUGUUGCCGAUCCGAAUGUCCGUUAAGUAAUAAAAGAGCAACAAUUUAUUUAUUUCAAAGAAUUAAAGUCUGGAAAUAAAAGAGAGCUUAAAAGAAAUAUUAGCAGUAAACAUUACGUCGUAUUUUUGUUAACAUUCAUAAAAUGUUCCUGCGCAUGCGCAGCUAAAACUUCAGAGUAAAUAUGUCGAAAGUUUAUACACUCAAACGAAUACAUGUUCUGCAACUCAGAUCGUCGUAAUUGGGGUAUAAACAGUUAGUUACCCCAUAAAAUUUAUGCAUAAUAAUGCUUUUUCCUUGUGGCUAGUUUAUUGACUUGUAGUAAAAUUAUGAGUUGUCACAUGAUUUCGCCACCGAUAAAUUGUCAAGGAAACUUUCGUAAUACCGAGAAUUGCUUUGUGCUUUUUAAUCUUAGUCUGUUUAAUUUUAUUAUCGAUAUUCUUCAUGUGUUCUGUUGUUAAAGGAACUUCAUUCAUUCCUUACAAUUAUAAAUGUGAUUUUUUGUACAAAUAAAUUUAAUGCAUUGAUAAACUUACUAUCAGCAAUGCGUUUUUUCUGAAUGGGGGUGAGACGUCUGGCCUUCAAUUUUAGGGGGAAAAUAUACAAAAAAGAAGAAAGCGGGGAUUUUGUCAAAGGUCAACUUAAAAUGUUGGGAAAUUUGCACUAUUUUAAAGAAAUUUAUUGUGGGGAAAAGGCCUUUCCCAUGGGAAAAGGGGCCUAUAUAAGGCCCCUGCUAAAGAAGGAAAAACACCUGAUCAGUAUCUGACAUCUGUUGUUUAAACAGCAAUUUGCAUACUAAAUGAAUUUUAAAUUUCGAAAAAUUGAUUUGUUUUUAACCAGUUUAUUUUUAUAUAAAAUACUAUAAGUGUGUUGUGAUUUGUUAGAGGAUGGAUGUUGACAGUAGCAGUUUCAAAACAUAGGUUUGUAAAACGGACACGAUGAAUUUUAAUGGGUGGGAUAAUUCUGCAAAUUACUGAAAAUACGUGAAUAUUAAAUGGUUCAAUUGUUUUGUUAUUUGUAAUAGUAUUUAUAUUGGAAAAUUCGUUGUAACUUAUUUUUUAAACAAAUUUGUACUUCUUAAUAUGAACAUUGAAGUAUUUGAAAUGUAUUUUUUUAAUCUGACACAUAAAAAGCCCCAGAGAAAAAAUGCAACGGCGCUAAGGUAGCAUGUGCAGUUUAAUGUGCAUCAAUUCAUACGUAAUUUGAAGACCUAACUUCCAUGUAAUAACUUUACUUUCUGAAAAUAUUAGUGUUUGCUAUCUACAAAUUUCAUGAAGGUGAGCAUUUGAGUAUUUUGAUCCGACACAAUUUUUGUGAAUUCAAUCUCCCUUGGCAGUCCAAAAAUAUUAUUGCAACCAUCGAAGAGGAGGAGUUACAGUAAACUAUGAUAAGUAUUAAAUUAAUCAAAUAUAGAGGUAUUAUAAAUAGAUAAAAUAACAUGUACGCUUUCCAUUUAUAUGCACAUGUACAUUUUUAAGUAAAAUUUUAAUAUUUGUGAUUUCUUCAGAAUUUUUUUUUUCGAAUAGUAUUGAAUGUAUAACAUACAUUGAAAAAAAUUCGAAUGACAAAAAUGAUUUUAUUUUCAACAAUUGUUUACAAUUUACACCAAAGAAUGAAAGAAAUGUUUAAUACAAAACAUGUUAGUACUUGAAAUUAUUUUGAAAUAAUAGUUUGUUAUGGAUGCAAAGAAGUAGGCAGUAGGAACACCGUUGCAAUACUUAGAUUCUUGGGUAAAAAAAGAAAAGAUUCUUGGGUAAAAAAAAAAUCAAUCCCUACCCUACCUAGCUUUUUUGAGAUCGUUGCCCUAAACACAGAAUCUUUUUUUUGGGGCCUAAUUAUGUUUUCUGUUUGAUUUAAAGAAAUUAAUGAUAUUGCUUGAAGUUUAUAAUGUUAUUUGUUUAUAUUAAUAUUCAUGUUGUAAAAUCGAUAUACUAUGAAUGACAUGUAAGAUGGAAAGUUGAAAAUGCCAUUAAUUAUUUUAAAUGGUAAAAGGUUCCAUUACUGCAAAAUUCUGCUUUUUGCAUGGAAAUAAAUUGCUAUCUUCUCAAUUUUGACUCAAAAACAUGUUUAUUUUGGUUACACUAAGACAAUUAUGUUUUUUUUUAACUUAGUAUGUGUUAUUUGUUUCAAAAGUACUUUGUUUUUAGCUCACCUAAGCACAACGCUUUUGUGAUCGCCUUUUGUCCGUCGUGCGUCGUGAGCCGUCAACAUUUACCUUGUUAACUCUCUAGAGGCCACAUUUAUUGUCCAAUCUUCUUGAAAUUUGGUCAGAAGAUUGAACUCAAUGAUAUCGUGGAUGAUUUCGAAAAUGGUUACGUUUGCCUGAAAAACAUGGCUGCCAAGGGGCGAGGCAUUUUUCCUAAUAUGGCUAUAGUAAAAUCUUGUUAACACUCUAGAGGCCACAUUUAUUGUCUGAUCUUCAUGAAACUUGGUCAGAAGAUUCAUCCCAAUGAUAUCUUGGACGAGUUCGAAAAUGAUGCCAUUUGGUUGAAAAACAUGGCAGCCAGGAGGCGGGGCAUUUUUCCUUAUAUGGCUAUAGUGAAACAUUGUUAACACCCUAGAGGCCACAUUUUUUUCCGAUCUUCAUGAAACUUGGUUAGAAGAUUUGUCCCAAUGAUAUCGUGGACAGGUUUGAAAAUGGUAACCGUUGCUUGAAAAACAUGGCUGCCAUGGGGCGGGGCGUUUUUCCUUUAAUGGCUAUAUAUGGCUAUAGUAAAAUCUUGUUAACACUCUAGAGGCCACAUUUAUUGUCCAAUCUUCAUGAAACUCGGUCCAAAGAUUCAUCCCAAUAAUAUCUUGGACGAAUUCAAAAAUGAUGCCCUUUGGUUGAAAAACAUGGCGGCAAGGUGGCGGAUCAUGUUUCCGUAUAUGGCUAUAGCAAAACCUUGUUGACACUCUAGAGGCCACAUUUAUUUUCCGAUCUUCAUGAAACUUGGUCAGAAGAUUAGUCCCAAUGAUAUCUUGGACGAGUUCGAAAAUGGUUUUGGCUUCUUUAAAAACAUGGCCAUCAUGGGUCGGGGCAUUUUUAGCUCACCUGAGCACAACCUGCUCAUGGUGAGCUUUUGUGAUCGCCUUCUGUCCGUCGUCCGUUGUGCGGCGUCAACAUUUUGAGUUGUGGCCACUCCAGAGGCCACAUAUAUUGCCCGAUCUUCAUGAAACUUGGUCAGAACAUUUGUCCCAUUGAUACCUCGACUGAGUUCGAAACUGGGUCAUGCUGGGUCAAAAAAUAGGUCACUAAGUAAAAAAAAGGAAAACCUUGUGAACACUGUAGAAGUCACAUGUCAGCCCAAAUCUCCGUGUAACAUUGUCUAAAUGAUUUGUUGGUUGAGUGCAAAAAUGGUUACGUUCCCUUGAAAAACAUGACCGCCAGGGGGUGGGGCAGUAUUCCUAAUAUGAAUACAGAGAAAUCUUGUGAACACUCUAGAAGUCACAUUUUUUGUCCAAUUAUUAUGAAACUUGGUUAAAACAUUGGUUUCAUUGAUAUCUCGGACGAGUUCGAAAAUGGUCCAGAUCGGUAAAAAAAAUAUGGCCGCCAGGGGGCGGGCCAGUUUUCUCUUUUAUGUAUAUAGUGAAAACAUGUGAACACUCUAAAAGGCACAUUUUUGGUCUAAUCUUCAUAAAAAUUUGGCCCGAACAUGUGUUUUCUGGAUAUGACGGUUGAGUUCAAAAAUGGCUCGGAUCAGUAAAAAAACAUGGCCGGGUGGGGGUCAUUUUCCUUAUAUUAUAUAGUAAAAAAAGCUUGUGAACACUAGAAGUCACAUUUUUUGCCUAAUCAUCAUAUUUUUUUCUAAGCAUCGAUUUUAUAGAUAUCUCUAACGAGUUCGAAAAUGGUCUUGACGGUGAAAAAACAUGGCCCCCAGGGGGUGGGACAGUUUGCUCUAUACGUAUAUAGUGAAAACAUGUGAACAGUCUAGUUCUGAUUAGCCAUAAUGUUUAAGAAAGAUAACCUGUACAUACUUUAUAAAAGUUAACUCCCUUGUAUAAACAUGGUACUUUCUUCAUAAAAUGUGGUGUACAUAAAGACAGUAGUUUGCAUGCAAUUUAAUAAACCUAUUGUUUCUAUGUCAUAAAAUAACUGUACAUGUACUAAUGCACUGUAAAGCCUUAUCUUUGAUCUUUACUGAUAAGCCAAGUUAACCUACUGUGUUUUGGUGUAUUGAUUGAACAUCUAAGAUCAAUUGGAUUGGGAAAAUCAAUAAUCUCAGCAGACUACUGUGCUAUGAAACUAUUUCCAUGGCAACCUUGACUCCAGUAAAUUGCAUUUGCUUACCUGUACAUAUUUAGUGCAGUAGAUAAUGAUCAUCCAUAAAGGAGACAUACUGCUGAUCAUUUUCAUGCAUCUUGUUCACUAUGGUGUCAUUAUUUUGCAUUUACAUGUGUAUAUACUUUGUGUACAUACUGUAAUUCAGUUCUUUCUGAGUAGUGUUUAGAUGAUGUUUAAUGUCUCAACUGCCAGUAACUAAUUAAUGACACAAGUCUGUCAUCUGAUAACAAGUAUAUGUCAUGUUUAUACUAAAAAUGAGGAAUUUUGUUAAAGGAACAUGAAUAAGA